AUGGAGGGCACGUAUCAACAGUACAUUGCAGUUCCGGCCAUCUACGCAACCCGGAUUCCUGCCAACGUGGACCUGUUCCAUGCCGCUCCGCUCAUGUGCUCGGGCACCACCGCCUAUGCCGCCUUGCAGAAGAGCGAUCUCCGCGCCGGAGAAUGGGCGGUCAUCUUGGGCGCCGGCGGAGGGUUGGGCCACUUUGCCGUCCAGAUUGCCCGGGCCAUGGGCGCUCGUGUCAUCGCCGUGGAUUCCGGGGCGGCCAAAAAGGAGCUGUGCACGUCGCUAAGGGUUUCCGAGUUUAUUGAUAUUACGUCGGGCACAGAUCCGGUUCAGCGGACCAUGGAGCUCACGGGCGGAGGAGCUCAUGCAGUUAUUGUAGCCUCUGCCCAUCCGUCUAGCUAUGCGUCAGCACCGCAGUUUCUACGGGUCGGAGGAACGGUCGUCUGCGUCGCCAUGCCUCCAACCAGCAAAGCGAGCGUGGGCGGCGAUCCGAAUGACCUGAUAGCCAAGAACAUCUCCAUCCAGGCCACUAUGGUGGGGACACUGGGCGAGGCUGCUGCGGUGCUGGACCUGUGUGCCCAAGGCCUGGUUACUCCCGUCAUUACCAAGUUCCCACUGGAGCAGGUGUCGCGUGCAAUCCAGCUUCUGAAGGAAGGGAACGUCGUCGGUAGAGCCGUCGUCGACUUGUGGUCAUAG